GCUCCCCGAGGCCUGGCUGUCAGUAAAGUUCUGCGGCUCUCCGAGUUUCCGCUCGGCCGCGCCGAGAGGGGCGAAGGGCGGAGGAGAAGUCGAUCCUUCCCCCCCCCCCCCACCCGCGGUGCGGUCUGAUCGGCGGACAGGAGAGAGGAUCCCCCGACCGCUUCCAGCCUGAGGAGGUUGCUUGUCUUUCGAAGAGAGUCCAUUUAACCACGAAAAUUGCUUAAAAAUGCCUGCAGUGUCGAGUGGUGCAAAGUCGUUGUAUCUGUCUACAUCCUUGGCAGAUCUUAAUAAGAAAGCAGAAGUCAAACCCGAGAAAGGAACAACCACCAAAAAUUAUGUCCAUAGCGCUUGUAAGAUUUUCAAGGCUGCAGAGGAGUGUAGAUUGGACAGAGAUGAAGAAAAGGCCUUUGUUCUUUACAUGAAGUACUUGUCUGUGUAUGAACUGAUUCGGAAAAAGAGCGAUUUCAAACAGCAACAGGAAUACUACACUUCUCUGCUUGGGCCAGCAAGCUUCCGAAAAGCCAUAGAAGAGGCAGAAAGACUUUCUGAUAGCCUGAAGUUGAGAUACGAGGAAGCUGAAGUUCGCAAAAAGCUGGAAGAGAAAGAGCGACUGGAGGAGGAGAAACAAAAGCAACAGGAGGAAGCAAAAAGAAAGGGGACCGACAACACCACCAAAGCCUUAACCAAGAACUCUUUGAAGGAUCUGGUUCACGUAAAGAAAGGAAGCCUAAAGGAAGACGGUGAGCUGAAUGAUGGCAAAGAAAACAACACGUGCACUCAUGAUCUACCUCCAGGGGCGAUCCGUGCAGAGAACCUCUUUGCAAUGCUGCAGGAUGAAACCACAGGGGUGAUUAUUAUGGAUGUGAGGACUUACAAGGAUUACCAGGAAUCACAUAUACACAUGGCUGAUCAGUGCUGUAUCAGUGUUCCAGAGGAAGCUAUCAACCCUGGCAUCACUGUUAACCAGAUUGAGCUGAAACUGCCCGAAGAGUCGAAAGCCAAGUGGAAGAAUCGGCAGUUUAUCGAUUACAUUGUGUUGCUCGAUUGGUUCAGUUCCAUCAAUCAGGUCAAACUGGGAACCACCCUCCAGAGUCUCAAGGAUGCCCUCUAUAAGUGGGAUAGCCAGAUAAUUCUACGUAGUGAGCCACUGAUACUCGAAGGUGGCUAUGAGACCUGGCUCCUGUUCUAUCCAAUGUAUACAACCAAUCCCAAAGUGAUUGUGCCGAGGGAGGAGAAACCAGACACACACCUGGUGUCUUUGAAUUUCAGUUAUCCAACUUUGGAAGAGUCUCCCCCACGUCCUCCGCCCUCCUCAGACUUGACUGAGAGGAAAGUGUCCCAAGAAAUAGAAGCUUGUGACGAGCAAGACUCCCAGCCGGAAAAGGUGGCAAAACGAGUCAACGUCACAGAGACCGCCAGUGUGCCAAACGGUGUUACUCGGCAAGGAGUUUCACCUGCUGUACAGCCUACUACACUGAAAGCCAUUCCACAGAUUGAUCGGAGUAAAAAACCCUCCCUGAAGAUGCCCGAUCGAUCUCAAUCCAACUCUGAUGUCGGUGUGGACAGUCUGCCUGCUCACAACGGGCCACUGAUCCCCGAUCGAUCCACCAAGCCAUCGCUGGAGACGCAGAACUCGUUAACUGACGAAGAAAGAAACCUCAUCCACGCUGAAGCGGCGCUGAUCGGCGAGAAGGCCAGAAGGGAGAAGGAGCACCGAGAUCGAGAGAAGCUUCUACAAGAAGAGCGAAGAAAAGAAAGCGAGAGACUGGAGAAGGAGGAGCAGGAGCGUCGGGAUAAAGACCAGCGCGAGAGGGAACUCCGGAUCAAAGAGGAAGAAAGGGAGGAAAGAGAAAAUGAAGAACGGAGGAAGAGAGAAGCGGAAAACAGACGAGUGAAGGAGGAGACAGAAAGAGAGAGGUCAGAGCAGGAGAGAAAAUCUGAAGAAAACAAAGCCAAGAUCGAAGGCCAAGUGAGAAAUACGGGAGAAUCGAGGAAAGACACACAAGAUCAGCCGGUCUCUGAGCCGAAAGACAACCCUACAAAUACAGAACAGACCCAACAAGAGAUUGGACAUGGAAGCGGCAGUCAAAAAGCAAAGACAUUCAAAGAAGAAAAUGAAAGGCUGAACAGAGACUCGCUAACCAGAGCGAGGAGUGAAGAAAUGGGUCGGACAGUUCCUGGCUUGCCACAAGGGUGGAUGAAGUUUCUUGAUUUAGUGACCGGCACGUACCGUUAUUACCACUCACCCACGAACAGCGUUCAUCUGUAUCCACCUGAAAUGGUUCAGUCCAUCACACCGCCCGCCACACCCCCAACUCACAAAGCCAAGGCUCCGAGCCUGACCGACACAGAAGCCCCCAAGUUAAAGCGCUCCUACUCCUCGCCGGACAUCACCCAAGCAAUUCAGGACGAGCAGAGCAAAGUGGCAACAAAACUAGCCCCGACUAUCAACCGGGAAACCAAACCCUACAACUACAGCAAAGCUGAAAUCUCGAACCCCUCUGCCUCUCAGAUCCGAAACUUAAACCCUGUGUACGGGGGCCUGGGGCGAGCCCUCACUGGUCUUCGCAAUCUCGGCAACACCUGCUACAUGAACUCAAUCCUGCAGUGUUUGUCCAACACUCCGAGUCUGGCAGAGUACUUCAUUAAAAACUACUAUUUACAGGAUAUAAACAGGGCAAACAUUCUUGGCCAUAAAGGUGAAGUGGCUGAAGAGUUUGGUGUCGUCAUGAAAAGCUUGUGGUCGGGCCAGUACAAAUACAUCAGCCCCAGGGAGUUCAGGAUGCGAAUCGUGAAGAUAAAUGACCGAUUUGCAGGAAGCAGUCACCAGGAUUCCCAGGAGCUGCUGCUCUUCCUGAUGGAUGGGCUCCACGAAGAUCUGAAUAAAGCCGAUAAUCGGAAGAGAUAUAAGGAAGAAAACAUUGAUGGCCUGGAUGAUUUUCAAGCUGCGGAACUGGCCUGGCAGAAACACAAGCUACUAAAUGAGUCUAUCAUUGUGGCUCUGUUUCAAGGCCAGUUCAAGUCAACAGUGCAGUGUCUGACUUGCUACAAGAAGUCUCGAACCUUUGAGGCCUUUAUGUAUCUUUCCCUGUCACUUGGAACUUCCAACAAAUGCUCUUUGCAGGAUUGUGUGCGGAUGUUUUCCAAAGAGGAGAAGCUCACAGACGACAACCGCUUCCACUGCAGCCACUGCAAAACUCACCGAGACGCCACAAAGAAACUCGAGAUCUGGAAACUGCCCCCGAUUCUCCUGAUACACCUCAAACGAUUUUCUUUCGAAGGAAGAUGGAAGCAAAAGCUCCAGACAAAUGUAGACUUUCCUUUGGAGAAUCUGGACCUCUCACCGUAUGUUAUUGGUCCCAAACACAACAUAAAGAGAUACAACUUGUACAGCGCAUCAAACCAUUACGGGGGCAUGGAAGGCGGACACUACACUGCUUACUGCAGGAACCCUCUGAACCAACGCUGGUUCAAGUUCGACGACCACGAUGUGUCUGAUUUCUCCACCUCAUCUGUGAAGUCGGCAGCAGCCUACAUUCUCUUCUACAGCUCCCUCGACCAGCGCACCAUUGACCUGGCCACAUAGCACACUCGGGGCACAGCACCUGGUUUCUCUCUGAAACGAUGAAGCACCCAGUUUCCACGGAAAACCCUUCUCAGUUAGAAAGGUACUGGCCAAGGUCGGUGCACCUGUGACGUAAAGGACUGACUGGCUGAGCUAAAGGAUUAUCUGCCAGCACAGAUGUUUUUUUUUUGCAUUGCAACACCAUAUAAUAGGGAUUAACUGGACUGAUCUGGCCUUUUGUAAUUCAAUGAGUAUGUUUAGUCAUGCAAUCGCUUUAACAAUGAUUACAGAAUCAUUCCCCCGUUCAGAGUUGAACCAAAAUCGUAGCUUGAGUUGCAAGAGUCUUGCAAGAUGGACCUUUUUGCUGUUACAUGAGUUGUUGGUUGUCUCUUUCAAUGUCUUUCCACUUGCUCCUGUUGUAAUGGCCUUUCUCCAUUAGUUUCAAAGAAACCUUUCUUUCUGUACUGUGAACAUAACCUAGAAUAAUAUGAGCAGAUGGGAUUGUAUCUGUACAUAAUGACUGCAGACUUGCACAAAAAAAAUGAGCAUUCAAUGUAUGUACGUGUGUGUGUAUAUAUAAAUACGUUUAAACAACUUUUAUUUGUGAAGUAACCUAUUACUCUGUACCUGUAGAGGAAGCGCUUGAAUGACAACUUAAUGCUGCUGCACUUAUCCUUAACCAAAAACUGCAUAGCUAAUCCAAAUUAUUUUGGCACAAUUUUAUACUCUACGUGUGUGCAUUUAAUUUCUCUAGCCUUUGUUUAUAAUGUAACGUGUGCAACCAAUUAUACUUUAAUGCAAA